AUGAUGCUCGUUGAUCUGAGGAACCACGGGAGAUCAACGGAGGUGGAAGGCGUUAACCCUCCUCACGAUCUUGUGAACUCAGCCAAGGAUUUAGCUGAUUUGGUGAAGGCGAACGGGUGGAGUUGGCCUGAUGUGGUGAUUGGUCAUUCCUUAGGAGGGAAAGUUGCGUUGCAGUUUAUGGAGUUGUGCUCGUGGCUAACAAGAAGAUGGAGUCAAGAGCUCUCGAAAGAUAAUGGUUUUGUGAGAUCUACCUACAUUUGGUUCUGGUCUACAAGUCAAGAAGAUGACAUAUGUUCGUGUCGCUGGCUGCAGAAAAAUCUGAGACAGACAGAGAAACAGAGCUUUAGAACAGUUGUGAUGUCACAAGAUAUCCUCAGUGUACGAUUCAAGCGCCUUAGUGCUGCAUGGAGGAAAAAGUUUGGCGAAGAAGUUGGGGAAGACAGUUUAUAUGUUGUUUCUGUUGACCGUGUACUCCAGAUGGAAGACUUCAUGGAGGAUGGGAUCUGGGUGGCGUCAGCAGAUUAUAAAAUUGCAAGUCCUGAUCCACUUCGAGAUGUUGCAGAAGACAUUGUCAACAAUAUUAACACUAACAACAUGGAAGAUAUUUUCCAUUUCUGCAACGUAUACGUUGAUCUAGACUUUGUGGUUUCUGGGGAAAAUGCUGCAAAAAGAACAAUGGAGGCAGAGAUUCUGAAGACUGAGAAGAAGGCUGAGAUUGUUGGGUAUAAGGAAACCACCCUGCUGUUUUUUUUUCCUGUUUUGGAUGGCUUGGAAAUGAAGCAACUUGUGGAUUUGUUCUGUUUUGUAACAAUAUGA